AUGUUUACAGGUCUUGUUGAAACGAUCGGAACUGUCACGGCCCUGGAGCCCCUCGACACCUCCGCAAGCGGGGGCGGGGGAACCUCACUGACGAUCUCUGACUGUGAGGAGAUUCUCACAGACGCCCACCUAGGCGACAGUAUCGCCGUGAAUGGAACCUGUCUCACGGUGACCGCGUUCGACAAGACGUGGUUCAAGGUCGGCUGUGCGCCGGAGACACUGCGACGCACGAAUCUAGGCUCUCUGGAGAAGAACUCAUACGUCAAUCUUGAACGCGCCGUUUCCGCCGAUACCCGGAUGGGAGGACACUUCGUACAGGGCCAUGUCGAUACCGUUGCGGAGAUCCUGUCUGUCACACCCGAUGGAAACUCGAAGGUGUUCCGCCUGCAGCCGCGGGAUCGGUCCAUCUUGCGCUAUGUGGUCGAGAAGGGAUAUGUCACCCUUGACGGUGCCAGUUUGACUGUGACUAAUGUGGUGGACGGAGAGGAUGGUUACUGGGAGGUCAUGCUUAUUGCGUACACGCAAGAGAAGGUUGUCACGGCCUCGAAGAAGCCCGGGGAUCUUGUCAAUGUUGAGAUCGACAUUGUGGGCAAGUACGUUGAGAAGAGCGUACAGGGUUACUUCGCUGGUGCUGGGGGAGGCGACUUUGCUAUUCUCGAAAAGAUGGUGCACCGCAUCGUCGAUGAAAAGCUCAAGAAAUAA